AUGAGCUACCGGUGGAAUAGUCAAAAAUGGUUUCCUUCAUUUUCUUUUCUCAAUGAAGUAUAUGCUGCUCUUUCUCUCUCAGAUAUAGCAGUUGCAUCAAAGCUUUUUGCUACCAUGAAUCCAACUCAGUGGGGGCUACCACUGAAGUUGUGGGGUGAUAGGAAUUUUGCCUCCAUCACUGGCUGGUAUGGAAGGACGAUUGCCCCCUUUGAUGAUGUUUAUCAUCGGGCCGAUCUCUCAUGUAUUAAAAUUGGGAUAAUAACAUCAAGACAUGAUAGGAUAAACGAGGAAAUCACUGUAACCACAGAAGAGAAACUAUUCAAGAUGGCCGAUGAUGUAGAGGAACCAGAAGAGGGUGAGAUAUUACAAAAUGACACGAGCACAAUCCGGAAACCUGAUGAAAACGAAAAGGUGAAAACAAUGGCAGAGAAUGCAAAGGAUGAAUUGGUGCCGGAAACUUAG